GUCAUUACAAGUACCAUUGCAGCGGUAGACGCGGAAUACUUUGAAAUAUGGCGAAUAUAAUACCGUGGACUAUUUUGGUAUUCUCAUACAUGUGUAGUGUUCAUGCUAUAUUGCAGAAAAGCCAUUAUGGAAAGGAAUUCUAUAUCGGGAUGAUUGCUGCUCGUACCUGGACACCAGAUUUCCAAAUCGAUAUUGCAUCAAAAGAAAAGGGGAACAUGUACCUCGACAUCCCAUAUUUGAACAUACACCGGAACCAAAGCUUGCCAACAGGAGAUACCACUUUGACGGUUAGCAAUGCAUUAAUUCGUGGGGGAACAUUUACAGAAAACCGUGGUAUAUACUUGAGUGCAGAUGUACCUGUGGCUGUAUAUGUGACAUGGAAACCUGUAAAUGGUGUUACCGAUACUUACUUAGCAUUACCUUUGUCUUCAUUAGGAACACGAUACACUGUUGCUUCUUAUGAUCCUUGCCCCCCGUCAGUAGGUUGUAGCAUUGACCGAUCUACAAUGAUGAUAAUCGGUGUAUAUGAUAAUACAACAGUAAGUGUGACUGAUAGUAACAACAGAAUCACUAUAGUAAGAUUAGAUUGUCAAGAUGUUCAUCAACUGUCACGUCAAACAGACAUUUCCAAUACGGUCAUUUGGUCAGAUAAGCCAGUUUCUGCUAUAUCUGGAACGUCCUGUGCUUUUGUUCCGCAUGGCGUUAGUGACUGUGAUAUGCUUUUGGAACAAAUGAUUCCAUCACAAUCGGCUUGGGAUACAGUAUUUAUUGUUCCUCCUAUCUUCCCUAAACUAGGAUAUCUUGUUAAAGUAUUUUCUGCCAGUAAUGAAAAAUAUUGCUUAAAAAAUGUUUCAACAACACUUUGUAACCAGGCGUAUAAAGAGGAAUAUUUAAUGGGAACCGGUCCAGUAAUAAUUACUUCAAAUGAUUCAAUAAGUGUUGUGCAGUAUGGUGUGGGAGAGUACUACGAUCAAAUUCCGUCUGAUGGAUUUAUGACUGUGAUUCCAGGCAUAGGCAACUAUUUGAAUAGCUAUUACUUUGUCAUUCCUAGAAUUUAUUCCUCACUUACAAACAGCUUGUCAAUCGUUGUUCCUACUACCGAAGCUGGAGGUCUCCGUUUAGAUGGAUCACAGUUGAUUUCGACGAAAUCAUAUUCAGUUCCGGACCCGUUUUCCAACUAUACUUUACUUAUCAUAAACGUAACUGUUGGUUACCAUGAACUGAAUCAUAUCCAUACCGACGUAAUGUUUGGAGUGACUGCUUACGGGUUAGAUACUUUUAUUGGAUAUGGUUUUCCCGUCGGAUUUGGAUUUCCGUUAGUGUAUAAACCAACUACGGCACCUGAAACAGUCACUACUUCUGAUGUGCAUCCUGUAGAACUUACUACUUCACCAACGCAGAUGUCAAAGACUGUAACGUGUUACUCUUGUGAUGACCUUAGUUACGUUGAACUGUGUGAUGUUGUCAAGCACUGUGACGUUAAUGAGGUUUGUUACCUGAAGAGUUACAUGAAAUUUGGGCGAAAGUUAUACAGGUCAGGAUGUAUGCAGUCAAACAUGUGUUUGCAAGAAAUGGACUUCUAUCAACAUUUGCCGGAUAAAUGUAUCGAGUGCUGUCCAGAACAUUACUGUAACCAUAAAGGAUGUGGUGAUAACGGGUUAGUACCACGACAUCAACGCGGUCCUCUUUGCUACGACUGCCCCUAUGAACAGUCACCGGUAGACUGUAAUAAACUUGCACUGUGUGAGCAAAACGAGUUCUGUAGUAUUGAAGAGUUCAAAUGGGGAGAUCAUUCUCAUUUCAUAAUGGGCUGUUCAGAUGAACAGUGUUCUCGUUCAUCAAGAGCGGUGCACGUUGCGACACGUGCUUUGCCAGUUUGUCGUUCAUGCUGCACGGAUGAUUACUGCAACCUGAACUGCACAAGAAGUGAUGUUUGGUCAAUUCUGGUUGGAUAGGGAAGCAGGAACCGGCAUGGCAUGCUGAAAUGACGAACCUUACUUUAUAACAUAAAUAAUCAGACAAUUCUUUUGUGUAUGUGAGUGCUGUAUGUAUGUAAACCAUAGGUCGUUGUACGAAGGAUAGGGA